AUGCUAUCAACCUUGGUCACAAUUGGUGUUUUAGCUUCUUGGACAACAUUAGUGAACAUCAAGCCCUCAGAGAGUUUUAACGACAUUGUCAAAUUGGAUUAUUGCCCAAAAUUAUUAAAGCUUGUACCAGAGGAGAACAGUCAGUUAUUAAGCCUUUCAGAUUUCCAUUCGGAAGCAUACAAGAACUAUUCGUUAAGUGUUUGGCAAGAUGCAAUUAAAAUAUAUACACCAAGUUUUGAUGAUUUAGGUGCUGUUGGUGAAGACAAAAGAUGGGAAGUUUUCUUUGAAUUUGAAAAAUAUUUGAAGCAGUCAUUUCCAGCUGUUCAUGAAUUUGCAAGUUUAGAACAAGUUAACCUUCAUGGGUUGGUUUAUCACAUCAAAGGUUCAGACGCUUCUUUGAAGCCUAUUAUGUUAACAGGCCAUCAAGAUGUUGUCCCAGUUCCACCAGAAACUAUCAAAAGAUGGACUUAUCCGCCAUUUGAAGCACACUUUGAUGGAAAAUUUGUUUGGGGUCGUGGAUCUAGUGAUUGUAAGAAUAAUGUCAUUGGUAUAUUUGAGGCUUUGGAACAGUUGUUUACUCAUGGAUUUAAGCCAAAAAGAGGUAUCGUUGUUGCAUUGGGAUUUGAUGAAGAGUCAAGUGGUAAAGAAGGGGCGGAAAAGAUAGGACAAUAUCUUUUAAGGAACUUUGGUGAAAAGUCUUUCUUUAGUAUAAUAGAUGAAGGUGGUUUGGGUAUACAAGACUUUUAUGGUACAAGAUUCGCUCUCCCAUCAACUGGUGAGAAAGGUUAUGUUGAUAUAGUUAUUGAUUUGGUUACUCAAGGAGGACACAGCUCUGUUCCUCCAAAACAUACAGGAAUUGGUAUUAUUAGUCAUUUGGUAACACUCAUUGAAUCAUAUGAUUAUAGUUUGGAUAUAACUGAUAAAAAUCCCUUUUUUUACCAGCUUCAAUGUGAGGCUAAAUUUGGUGCAACUAUUGGCCACAGACUGAAAUCUGAUCUACUCAACAUUGGAGAUCCAAAAUCAAAGAAGAGAGCCUUAGAUAUUUUAGCAACAGAUGGGACAACGAGAGCUUUAUUAUCAACAACACAGGCGGUGGAUAUCAUACAUGGAGGCUUGAAAAUCAAUGCUUUACCUGAAAAAGUCACAUUGAAGAUUAAUCACCGGGUUGGCUAUGAUUCAUCAAUCAAAGAAGUUAAAGAUCGUAUCACAUCGCUCGUACUACAAGUGGCAGAUUUAUAUGGGUUAGGAGUUCAGGCAUUUGAAAAAACUUUGAAAGAUGCUGUAAAUGGCCAAUUUACAAUCAUCAGUGAUUCUGAUUUGGAUCCUGCUCCUUUGACAUCAACCAUUGGUAACCCAACAUGGGAUAUAUUGGGUGGAACAAUAAAGCAUGUGUUUGAAGAUUUCGCAAACUUUAGUGAUCAUAAUCCAGAAGUUGAUCCAGAAGUUAUUGUGGCCCCAAGCUGUAUGACAGGUAACACUGAUACUAAACACUAUUGGAAAUUGUCAGAAAAUAUUUACCGUUUCACUCCCAUUCAACAAGAAAAGAGACUAAAUGCACAUGCUAUUGAUGAACGAGUUCAACUUGAUGCUCACAUCGAAGGUGUUGUAUUUUACCAUCAAUUUAUUAGAAAUGCUGAUUCAUAUGAAUGA